UUCAACCCAUAACAAAUAGAAUGCAAAAUUUUAGAGAACUCAUUAAUCAAGUUCUCAUCUCACCCUCCUUCCUCACUCUUCCUCAGAUUAUUUUUCUUUGCACGGUGAAUCGGAAAUCCAAUUAAUGUUCGGGUCGGAUCUUCCGAUGAUCCAAAUUCCAGUAUUCUAUACCAUAUUUUAAAGCUUCAAGCUCUGGAGUCGGAUCCUUGGGCUUUUUUCUCUCUCUUUUUGUUCCAGGUUCGUCUGUAAUGGCUCAAGCAACGGGGAGGGGAAGAGUGGUAGGGAACUAUUUAGUGGGCCGGAAAAUCGGGUCGGGUUCCUUUUCGAUUGUUUGGCAUGCGAGGCAUCGAGUUCAUGGAACCGAGGUGGCGAUAAAGGAGAUCGUAACGGGUCGACUCAAUAAGAAGUUGCAAGAUAGUUUGAUGUUGGAAAUCUUUAUUUUGAAGAGAAUCAAUCAUCCUAAUAUUAUUCGACUGCAUGAUAUUGUUGAGGUUCCUGGAAAGAUACAUCUUGUAUUAGAAUACUGCAAGGGGGGUGACCUUUCUAUGUAUAUUACACACCAUGGAUGCGUCCCUGAGGCAACUGCAAAGCAUUUCAUGCAGCAACUAGCGGUUGGCCUACAAGUUCUCCGUGACAAUAAUCUUAUACAUCGUGAUCUAAAGCCUCAGAAUCUUCUUCUGUCAACAAACGAAUGCAAUUCAGUUUUAAAGAUUGCAGACUUUGGAUUUGCAAGAUCGCUGCAACCUUGGGGGCUUGCUGAAACGUUAUGUGGUUCACCACUUUACAUGGCUCCUGAGAUAAUGCAACUGCAGAAGUACGAUGCAAAGGCAGAUCUCUGGAGUGUUGGGGCUAUUUUAUUUCAGCUUGUUACGGGGAAAACUCCUUUCACUGGGAACAAUCAAAUACAGUUACUCCAGAAUAUUGUGAAAUCAACUGAGUUGCUUUUCCCUGUGGAAAACAAUUAUUUGACUGCUGAUUGCAAAGAUUUAUGUCUAAAACUGCUGCGUCGUAAUCCAGCGGAACGUUUAACAUUUCAAGAGUUCUUUAAUCACCCAUUUCUCUCUCAGGGCCAACCAAAUGAACCAUUGAGGAGUCAGGGAAUUUUAGGAAAUGGUUAUCCAUUUUUUGAAAGCAGUCCUGGAAGUGCUGAUGAAAGCUUUCAGGAGGAUUGUCUUCCCUUCUUUCUGGAUGAUGAUUCUAGUGGUCCUGAAGGGAGCCCUUCCUUUGAAAAGAAGAGGUCCUCAAUGAAAUCUGGUUAUGGAUUUUCUCCCAAUGCAAAAGAUACUGGAGAACAAACUUCUAAUCCUUUGAAUAAAGUCAAUUUUACAUCCAAAUACAGUGGUACAAGACAUAAAUUAGAUGAUCCUAGUUUUAGACAUGAAAGCAGCAAGGUUUCAGGUGAAACUCUGCAUGAACCUCACAAAUCCAUGGAUCAAAGAUCUACGAGUACUCAUUCAAGAGUUGGGGACACACUGGAGUUGAACGACCAAGAUUAUGUUCUCGUAUCAGGACCUCCCAUGGAUGUGUCAUUUUCAGCUAGCACUUCCAAGCCAAACCAUGUUCCAUACAAACUGGAGAGUCCACCCCUGAUCCCCUUUACCAGUAACACCACAUCAACAGCUCCUGUGCCAAUUGUUGCUGCGACCAAUAUUAAUGUCUAUCAUGUAGGAAGCUUGGAAAGUCAGAGCUCUGCCCCUGGGACUUCUCCAGGGUCCAUCGAUGUUGGGGAUGCUCUGGAACAGCCAUCAUCUCAUUGCAUCCCAAGGAUAAAGUCGUUACAGCAGUGCGCAUCUGCAAUUACAGAGUUAGUGCAUGAGAAGACUGAGGCAGGUAGGCAUCUUGAAGCGUUCUCAAUCCAGCUUGUGAUUCUUGCAAUUUGGAAGCAAGCAUUGCAUAUAUGUCAUACACAGGCUGCAUCAGCUAUGGAAGGAAGUCCAAGCCAAGAGACAAGCAGACUAAGGAGUAGUACCAGUAAGAAGCGUGGAACGUCUGAUACAGAAGAGUAUCCAGAAGAUAUAUCCUCGGAGAUAGAGAGGGAAUUUCUCCAGGAAGUUGAGCAUGCUGAGGAACUUUCCAAUGUUAUUGAGCCUGGAAGUACAGAGAUGCCUGAUGCAAUGGAGACGAUAUUUCAGGCUGCCCUUGCUUUGGGAAGACGUGGAGGGGUUGAUGAGCUCAUGGGCGAAAUGGAAAGUGCAGCAAAUUUGUAUUCAAAUGCAGUGUGUUUGUUGAUCUUCCUUCUAGUCGAAGCACCAUCCCUCAUUUUGAACCCUCCAUUUUCCCUCACAAACUCAGAUCGGUAUAGGCUUCGAACUUACAUUGAUUUUCUUAGAAACAGGCAAGGUUACUCAAGAUCUCAGAGGAUGGCACUUCUGAGUAGCAAGGAUCAGGCAUAGGAUCAAACAAUUUUUCUUUUCUUUUCUAAUUUGUGCUCCUGAUGACCUGCUCUGUGUCAUCGUGUAAAAAUAUUUAUUUGUACAGUUAUUCUUUGAUAGAUGGGAACCGUAUCCUGUUUGGAUGUUGUAAUAUUCUCAUUUCUGAAAUUAAAAAAAAAUGAUAAAAAUUAAAAUGUUUCCAUUA